AACAGAUGAUACAGCAUUGCGCGGUAUGAGCUCAGAAAUGGAACAAAAGAAAUCAUCCUAAAACAGGGAAUGGUGGGAGCACGGAUGUGGAAAGUAUAGAAGUUAUUUUGAACCCAUUAGCAAAGGCAAAUCAUUAUUUGGGCCCUGAUUUAAAGGGUAGUCUUUUGGCAAAUUUGCUGUAAGCGCGUUGCUCCCCACCAAAGCCAGCUACAGGGGAGGGACUGCCGAUUUCUCGACUUUGCAGCUCUGAAUGAAGGGGAGGGGGUCCGUAGACCGAAAUUGAUGGUAGUGGGCUACUGAGGAAGACUACUCCUCUUGAUAUUAAAGGCAAAAUACACAUUUCAGUCGAACACAGCAGAGUUGGUGAAACGGGACGGUGGUGAAACAUGGAGAUGUCUGAGGGGCUGUCACAGCAGGAGAGACUCCAGGCUAUGGCGGAGAAGAGGAAGAGGCAGACAGAGAUUGAGAAUAAGAAGAGACAGCUGGAAGAUGACAGGAGACAGCUCUCUCACCUCAAGCAAAAGUCCCUGAGGGAAAGAUGGCUGCUGGAUGGAGCUGCUGGCUCGGAGCAGGACGAGGCCAAGAAACAGCUUGCGGAGGACGAGGCCAAGCUCAAGGGUAUGGAGGAGAACAUCAUUAGAAUGGAGCAGGAACUGGAGGUGCUGGAGACGGGCGUGUCGGCGACCUCUACCAAAGAGAGCCUGACAGACGCAGCAACGAAGGAGGAAGCCAAGACAGCAGACAACAAAGCUCCGGCAGGCACUGUGCACGCAAUGUACUCAGUAGAGAUCACCGUUGAGAGGGACAAUGUCACAGGCGAGACUAAGGUGUUGUCCACCAACACCCUACUGCCCAUUAACCUCACUGGGCAAGGGGUCAAGGUGUAUGAGGAUUACCAGAAAGUGGUACACGAGGUGAACGGGGAGAACGGGGUCCACCAGCUCAGCGCCAAUGAGGUGGACGAGCUCAUCCACAAAGCCGACGAGUCCAUGAUGAGCGACGCCACCACCGCUGGUGCCACCUCCACUGCCCCCGUCGUCCCCACCGAUGCUGAGUUAGCCGCGGAGCAGCAGACGACACCACAGAAGGAGAUCACUGGCAUGGAGGCCAAGGCGGGCGGCGCCAGUCCCCAGCCAGGUGGAGGUGAGGUGGAGGCCAGUGCCGAGAACCCCGUCACCAUGGUGUUCAUGGGCUACCAAAGCGUGGAGGAUGAGGCGGAAACCAACAAGGUGCUGGGCCUGGAGGGCACCGUCAAGGCCCAGCUGGUGGUCAUCGAGGACGGCGAGGGCAAGAAUGUGACGGUGGGGCCCAACCCCGCCACUGUGACCGUCACCGAGGGAGGCACCAAGGAAGAGCAGUCGCCCCCGCCCAACGGCAGUGCCGCCGAUCCCGUUAAGACCCCCCAGGAGAAGGCCCCCGUGGGGGAGAAGGGGGGCGAGCCAGAGGGGGGCGCCACUGAGCUCAACAAUAAGGAAAAGCAGCCCUGCAAGUGCUGCACCAUCAUGUGAGCCACCGUUGUGUGGCCGCAUUCCCCCCGGGACUUGACUUUUCAAGGAGAAAAUGACAAACCAACAACAACCAUAGCGUGAAAAAAACCCAACAAAAACUCACCCCUUUCCCGUUAGCCCCCCUCCCGACAAAAAAAGGCAUAAAUGUUCUGUAUCUUUUGAUAGCCGGCUGUUGUUUCUCAACUUCAUUUUCAUCUCUUGUUUUAUAUAUUUCAUUUCAUUUUUCUCCUUUCAUUCUUUUAACUUUUGUAUGAUUUUGGGUUGUGAUUGAAACGGAUGGUGCCAAAGGCGAGCCAUCCCUGCGUUUUCACACUUUGAGGUUUCUGAGGGAGAGAGGAGAUAGAAAAGGAAAGAUAGAGGGAGAGAAAGACAGAGGAACUGGUUCGUUAACACACCCAGCAUUGUCCAACAAGCUUUUUUUUAAAUGACAUCUCUAAUACACCGUCAUGAGUUUUGUAAUCUUAACUUUCUGUAUGAAGGACAGAUAUAUGUCUCUAUAUAUCUAAAUAUAUAAAUUCUUUAUUUUAAAGAUAUAUUUAUUUGACUUUUUUUAUUUUUUGAAAAAGCCCUGACAGAAGCAUGUUAUACGUUGUGCUUUCUGUCCUCUGCUAGUGCAUAUUAGAUAAAAACAUGGGGAAAUAUUUAUGACUGAUAAAGCUGUUAAAGAAUUCUCUUGGAUUUUGUUUUCCAGAAAGAAAGAAAAAAGAAAAGGGACUGUGGAAUUUCUGAGACAGACACCAACCACUCUGCUAUCUGGAAGUGACAUGCAAUGAGACGUGAUAUUGAUGACAUCAUUGUACUGUGUGUGUGUGUGUGUAUGGAUAUCUGUGAGUGGGUGUAUGAGCAUGCAUGGAUGUGUGUUUGAAUGUGUGUGUGUUGGAUUACAAUGGCCUCAUUGGUCCUUAUGUCAUCCUACACUACACUACCCACAAUCCCCAUCACCUCUUUUCUUUCUGGAAGAAAAAAACAAUUACUCGCUUAUUUUUUUUUGGUCAUUUUCCUGCGCCCAAAUCAACUACACUAGUUCGACAACACGAGUAAUGAAAUGAAUAACAUGCGUGAAGGUCUUUCAUACCGAAGCUUGAGACUGAUGAAAUGAAUGUCCCUGUGUAAGCCUUGACGUUUGUGUGGUUCACCCCCACUUAACUACAUUACCAAGAAUACAACUACGCCUUUAAAAUAAAUAAUGCCUUUGUGAUAACAGUAUUAACUAUUUUUACUUUAACUCAAUGACAUAAUCCAAGCUCUGGCUCCUGAUGUGAUGACCUACCAACAACUGUGUUUUGAUAUGAUGGUCGGCCUGGACAGGCCCUUCCAACGUCCAAAAGAUUUUCAGUUGGAUAUCAACUACUGUGGAAUUGGUGCAUAGAGCAUAGUCUGUUGUUUUCAACCUUGGCACAGCAGCGCAUAUACUAAACGGUGUUGCAAAUACUGUAAGAAGUUGCUCCAUUCAGACUUUUAGGAUGAGUGCCAUUUGGAGGGGGUUGGGGGUCAUAUUGUAUGUCGCCCUCAGAGUUGGUGUGGAAGGAGCUUCACUUUAAGGGUAUUUGGUUUCCUGUUUGAACUCUACUGUUAGGCCCUAGUUUUGUCAUUUAAGGGAAACAAAACCAAACAAAAGUUGAAGUAGGCCUACUUUUCAUUCAGUGUAUCUAUCUAUCAACAUGCUAGGCCUGAGGCAAAAAGCAUGGAAUUUCAACAUUUUUACAGUCCUAGAAGUUGACAGAAUCCUUUUCCACAGGGAGUGGCAAAUUUCACUCCAAAUUCAAUGUUGCAAUAAUAUUUUUAUUUUCCUCACAGAUAUUUUUUUUUGCGGUGUAGCUCAAAUUGAACAGCUGUGUUUUACUUUUGUGUGCGUUUUUGCUGCAUUAUGGGUGCCUGUAGCUAUAGAAUAUUUUACUUCUUACUUAUUUUUGCCAUCUUGGAGCCAAAUUUCCAGCUGAGCUGAGAGUCAUGUUAUUAUUGUCCAGUGUAUUUUUCCAGUGGUGAGUUGAGUCAGUUGAGUUGAAUUGGUCAAGCUAGGAGCCAGAUCUUUUCAACCGACGCACUGACACGUGGACCAUGUAAACGUGGUCCAUGUACUAUUCGCAUGCAGAAUAAAACAAACAUUUUGUUUUCAAAGAUGGCUAAAUAGUGGAUGGUCUGCGUUAUCUUGAAGUGAGUCAAAGGUGUGAGCUCUCUCCAGCAAGAGGUUGACCGACCUUGGGUGAUGUUUGCCUAAUCCUCGUUUAAUAUUGUUCCAUGUGCAUUUGUACCUAUCCAUUGAUAUUUAUAGAGCUCUAUAGGUUAUUUUAACGGUGUAUGUCAUUGGGCUCCCGAGUGGGGCAGCGGUCCAAGGCACUGCAUCUCUGUGCAAGAGGGCAUCACUACAGUCCCUGGUUCGAAUCCGGGCUGUAUCACAUCCGGCUGUGAUUCGGAGUCAAAUAGGACGGCGCACAAUUGGCUCAUUGUAAAUGAGAAUUUUGUUCUUAACUGACUUGCCUAGUUAAAAGAAAGGUUAAAUAAAUAAACGUCUUUGUGAGGGUUCAAAUCAAGAACUGGAUGGACAUAGAUAAAUAAAAUAAACAUCUGAUAACAAGGUCUGAUAAGCCUUGUCAGAAUAAUGCUAGUGAAUCCAGUACAUUGUAGAAAAAACCCGAAUGGAACAUCUAUUCAUUUCAUCGUGUAGAAUAUAUCAUGAAACAAAUGUAUUUUGCCAAUCCCCUUCAAUCCCACCUCCUCCUGUGCGUUCAAAUGGGCAGGGCAAUCAUUGAUAUGCCGACACCUUCUCCAAUAUGCCGCUCAGCAUCCAGCAAGGAGGAAGGAGCAGAAAAAGCUGACUCAGUGUACAGUCAGUGUACAGUCAAUGUACAGUCAGUGUGACAUGGCCUGACUCUCUAGACUGCUCUUUGUCUCUGUGAGUGGGCGCUGGUCACGACGAGGGCCACAGACAUGUGCGUUACUCUAUAGGACUGUCAGCAUGGGUUGUUGGUCUAGAAGUUGUCCCGACAAAAACACUGCCUUCGAUCCGUUCAGGCAUCACUGAAGACCGGUCCUCGUCAAGUCACAUUCCCACACUGCUGGAUCCAAACCUAUGCAAGAACUCCCAUGCUAACGAAUCACCAUCUAGGUACAGCAUAUAGGACUGGAUUUAAGGUCAUCAGUAUAUU